GCGUGCCGGUGCGGUGCGGAGAGAGCGGCGGGAUGGCGCUGCCUGGUGGAAAUAAGGAUAAUAUCAGAGCUGGAUGCAAGAAGUGUGGCUAUCCUGGUCAUCUGACAUUUGAAUGCCGAAACUUCCUCCGAGUAGAUCCUCAAAGAGAUAUUGUUCUAGACGUUAGCAGCACUAGCAGUGAAGACAGCGAGGAAGAGGAACUGCAGAGAUUACAAGCUAUGCGUGAAAAAAAGAAUUUAAAUGAAGAGGAAGAAAAAAAGAAACAAAAAAGAAAAAGCAAAGAGAAAACAAAAUUAAAAAGACCAAGGAAAAGAUCUUCCUCAUCAAGUUCUGCAGAAGAGGAUGAACCAAAGUCAAAAAAACAAAAAUCACACAAAAAAGAGAAGGAAAAGGGGAAAAAGCACAAAUCUAAGAAAGGAAAGCAUCAUAAAAAGGAGAAAAAGAAGAGAAGAAAGGAAAAAAGUUCCUCUUCUAACAGUUCAGACAGUUCGAGCAGUGACUGACAUGCUGGUCUAUUUUUGCAUUCGCUUCUGCAGAGAUGAUUUUCCUUUUGUAGCAAGUUUAUUUAUGCUUCACAGUGCUGUUGUAAAAUGGGAUAUAUAUAUUUUUUGAAAAUUUAUUUGCAUACAUCAGUGCUUCAAAUUAUUAGAUGGACCAUUUAUGAAAAGAAUCUGCUCUUCUAUUUCAGGUUUAUUAGUACUAAACCAUGCAACUAGUUCUUCACUCUAAUUUUCAGUUCAGUUGUGAUUGUGUUUGUAAUCCUUUACAGUAGGAUGUGGUAAAUUUCUGUUUGCAAGCCUUUGUGUAGAAUGAUAUGGAUUUAAUUGUGCUUAAUGUCAGAAUGGUUACAUCAGAUUUGGAAAUUCAAGUGAGAUUUUCUAUUACACUUUAAAUAAAUAUAUGUUUUACACAACAUUUUCUCCUUACAUACUUUAAUCAGUAAGUGCAAAUAUGAAUCAGUGUUCAGAUCCUGAGAGGGGAAGAAUGAGCAAUGAGAAGCUGAAGAUUGAUCCCUCAAAAUUACCUUCUAAAAUUGAUCUAGUCAAGACUGUGAAAUGUAAUUACACAUUCUUUUGGCAGGAUCACUAUGAACAAGCUUAAGAUAAACAGGAGCAAACAAAAACUAUCAAUUUUUAAAGUUCAUUUUCC